ACGGAAACAUUUGUGAUGAUGUAAGAACACAACUCAACAACAACAACAACAACAGCUGUUGUUAUAUAUGUUGUUAUACAGCUGUUGUCUGCUGUAAUGUCAUUUCUCUACUGGUGUCACAUCAUUUUCUGUUAGUUCUAAUUUUCUAACUUACAUUUUUUUUCAAUGAACAAACAUGAAACAAAUCAACCCACAUACACAACACGUGACAAAACCCUGAAUCACCCUGAGUCCGGGGACGCAGGGAGUUCAGGACUUGAGGUAAUCUUCUGUGAUCUGGAUCUGGAUGGUGUGACCUGGAUCAGACGGUCUACAGACAGGACAGGAGUGUACUGUGGCUCUCAGUCCACACAGUCUCAGACUGGGAGGUGCCCAGUUCACCAAUCUCCUGCAGUCAGGAGGCAGCGUGAUGACGUGAUACAGACGUAUGGAUCUGUUUGACUGAGCCCGUAUCGCCGGUGGACGCCGGGGGCAGCAGACGUAACUCUGCCACGCACCGUCUCCUGUAGCCACUCCUAUCAGGAGCCCCGCCCAUGUACGUCAGAGCCUCCCCACUGCGCAUGCCCAGCCGCCACAGUCUACGGUACCGCACACCGGAGUCACAACAACCGACUGUAGCUCACCGUGGCCGGCUACUACCUCGGUGACUGUCCGUCUGUCCGGAGGCCGGUGUCAGAGCUGCUGUCUCAGAGAGUCCGGAGGAAAGAGCCGGAGCAGCGGACACGUUCUGGAGGAGCGGGAAUAAAGUAAAGGAGCCGCCGCGCCGGAGAGUUGCUGUGUCCGGUAAAAUGUUAGCAGCGGAGCGGAGCGGAGAGCACCGAGUGGCCCGCUGAUUCACACCGAUAACCAGUGUAACUCUCAUAGUUUGUCCGCUGACAGGAAGACUCACGUUAAGCAGGUGACCGGUGACUGUCCGCCCGUUAACCGGGCCGCCGCGGAUGGGUCCGUCCCGCUGCUAGACGCUGCUAACAUUGGCGGCCAGGCUACAUGCUAACAGGCUAACAUCACCGGCCAGCUCAGCAGCGUCCGCUAACUGUCACGCCGAAUCCCGGUACUGUUGGUAUGGAACGGCUAACGGCCACCAUGCAGUCGUUCCGUUAAAGGAACUACACCCUACAGUUAGCUGCUAGCCGCGGAGCUAACGGUUAGCUGCGGAACAUCUGGCCGUAGCUAGCUCUCCGUGUGGCGGCCGACGAUGGUCGCAGUGACGGCAGCUGCUCCGGAGGAUCGGCCCGUCCCUGCUCUCCGCCUCACCCGCCCUGCUGGACAGACUCGCACGACGUUCAUGUAAACCGGUGAACUGUGCCGGUCGGUCCCGCUGCGGCGCUCAAUCCCCGCACACCCCGCAGCAGCAACAGCAGACAUGCAGGCGGCGCAGCUGCAGUACGACUUCUUCAACGAGGAGAACGCACCGAAAUGGAGAGGCCUGCUGGUGCCUUCACUGGAGAAGGUACUGAACCAGGUGCAUCCUAACCUGGUGUCCCAGCAGGAGGCGUUGCAGUACAUCGAGGAGCUGAUCCUGCUCCUGCUCAGUAUGCUGUGUCAGGCUCAGCCACGCACUGUACAGGAUGUCGAGGAACGAGUUCAGAAGAGUUUUCCUCACCCAAUUGAUAAGUGGGCAAUCGCUGAUGCUCAGGCUGCCAUUGAGAAGAGGAAGAGGAGGAACCCUCUGGCGCUACCUGUCGACAAGAUCCACCCACUGCUCAAGGAGGUGCUUGGGUAUAAGAUAGACCACCAGGUGUCGGUCUACAUGGUGGCAGUGUUGGAGUACAUUUCUGCUGACAUCCUGAAGCUCGCUGGAAACUAUGUCAGGAACAUCCGACACUACGAGAUCUCCCAGCAGGACAUCACCGUGGCCAUGUGUGCUGACAAGGUGUUAAUGGACAUGUUCCACCAGGAUGAGGAGGACAUCAGUGGUUUCCCUCUGAUGGACGAGGAGCCGUCAGCCAAUGAGGAGCAGAGUUACUAUGAGCUGGUGAGGAGCUUCAUGUCUGACGGUCGUCAGUACCUGAGACAACUCAACCUGCUCAUCAAGGUGUUCAGAGAGCCUUUCACCUCCAGCCCCAUGCUCUUCUCUCAGCACGAUGUGGACAGUAUCUUUAGUCGGAUCGUAGAUAUCCAUGAGGUGACGGUGAAGCUGUUGGGUCUGAUCGAGGACACGGUAGAGAUGACAGAUGAAGGAAGUCCUCAUCCUCUGGUGGGAAGCUGUUUUGAGGACCUGGCGGAGGAGUUGGCCUUUGAUCCCUAUGAGACGUAUGCUCAGGACAUCCUGCGUUCUGGUUUCCAUGAGCACUUCCUUAGUCAGGUAUCCAAGCCUGGAGCUGCCUUCCACCUGCAGUCCAUCUGUGAAGGUUUUAAAGAGGCUGUUCAGUACGUUCUGCCCAGACUGCUGCUCACUCCUGUUUACCACUGUCUGCACCUGUUCGAGAUCCUCAAGCAACUGGAGGAGAAGAGCGAGGAUGAGGAGGAUAAAGAGUGUCUGAAGCAGGCAAUCACCGCCCUGCUCAACCUGCAGAGUAGCAUGGAGAGGAUCUGCUCCAGGAGCCUGGCCAAGAGGAGGCUCAGCGAGUCGGCGUGUCGUUUCUACAGCCACCAGAUGAAGGGGAAGCACCUGGCAAUCAAGAAGAUGAAUGAGAUCCAGAAAAACAUUGAUGGCUGGGAGGGGAAGGACAUCGGCCAGUGCUGCAACGAGUUCAUCAUGGAGGGCACGCUGACCCGCGUGGGCGCUAAACACGAGCGCCACAUCUUCCUGUUCGACGGCCUGAUGAUCUGCUGCAAGUCCAAUCACGGCCCGCCGCGGCUGCCCGGUGCAGGCUCCACGGCGGAGUACCGCCUCAAAGAGAAGUUCUUCAUGCGGAAAGUCCAGAUUAACGACAAAGACGACAAGGAGGGCGAGUACAGGCACGCCUUUGAGAUCAUCCUGAAGGACGGCAACAGCGUGGUGUUCGCUGCCAAGUCCGCUGAGGAGAAGAACGGCUGGAUGGCGGCGCUGAUCUCGCUGCAGUACCGCAGCACCCUGGAGCGCAUGCUGGACUCGGCCAUGCUGCAGGAGGAGAAGGAGGAGCAGAUGAGGCUGCCGGGGGCCGAGGUGUACCGGUUCGCUGAACCGGACUCCGAGGAGAAUGUCGUGUUCGAGGAGAACGUCCAGUCCAAGUCCGGGAUCCCCAUCAUCAAAGCAGGAACGGUCCUGAAACUGAUCGAGAGACUCACCUUCCACAUGUACGCAGAUCCGAACUUCGUGCGGACCUUUCUCACCACCUACAGGUCUUUCUGUAAACCUCAGGAGCUGCUGGACCUGCUCAUGGAGAGGUUCGAGAUCCCGGAGCCGAGGCCCAGCGAGGCGGACCAGAUGGAGGGGGGGGAGCAGCCACUCAGCGCUGAACUCAAACGCUUUCGCAAAGAGUUUGUUCAACCGGUCCAGCUCAGAGUGCUGAAUGUGUGUCGUCACUGGGUAGAGCAUCACUUCUACGACUUUGAGAGAGACUCUCACCUGCUCAGACGAUUGGAGGACUUCAUUGCCUCAGUCAGAGGUAAGGCGAUGAGGAAGUGGGUGGAGUCGAUUACUAAGAUCAUCCAGAGGAAGAAGCAAGUGCAGGUGAGCGUGCCCAGUCACAGCAUCACCUUCCAGAACUCCCCUCCUCCAAUCGAGUGGCACAUCUGUAAACCAGGAAACACUGAGCAGUUUGACCUCAUGACACUGCACCCCAUCGAGAUCGCCCGCCAACUCACCCUGCUCGAGUCCGACUUCUACAGGGCGGUGCAGCCGUCGGAGCUGGUUGGCAGCGUCUGGACCAAAGAGGACAAAGAGAUUCACUCCCCCAACCUGCUGAGGAUGAUCCGUCACACCACCAACCUCACCCUGUGGUUCGAAAAGUGUAUCGUAGAAACUGAGAACCUGGAGGAGCGAGUGGCCGUUGUUUCUCGGAUCAUCGAGAUCCUGCAGGUUUUUCAGGAACUCAACAACUUUAACGGAGUCCUGGAGGUCGUCAGUGCCAUGAACUCCUCACCUGUCUAUAGACUGGACCACACCUUCGAGCAAAUUCCGAGCCGACAGAGAAAAAUCCUGGAGGAAGCUCAUGAGCUGAGUGAAGAUCACUACAAGAAAUAUUUAGCCAAACUGCGCUCCAUCAACCCCCCCUGUGUCCCCUUCUUUGGAAUCUACCUGACCAACAUCCUGAAGACAGAAGAGGGAAACCCCGACUUCCUGCGCAGACACGGCAAAGAUCUGAUCAACUUCAGCAAGAGAAGGAAAGUGGCAGAAAUCACAGGAGAGAUCCAGCAGUACCAGAACCAGCCGUACUGUCUGAGGGUGGAGAGCGACAUCAGGAAGUUCUUUGAGAACCUGAACCCAAUGGAGGACAUGUCAGAGAAGGACUUCGCUGAUCAUCUGUUCAACAAAUCUCUGGAGAUUGAACCUCGGAACGCCCGAUCAUUACCUCGCUUCGUGAAGAAGUACACCUGUCCUCUCAAGUCUCCGGGGAUCCGUCCCACUUCGGCGAGACCCGGUACCAUGAGACACCCGACACCACUGCAGAACGAGCCCAGGAAGAUCAGCUACAGCCGCAUCCCCGACACCGAAGCUGAGGGGGGGGCUGUCUCUGCCCCCAACUCCCCCCGCACCCCUCUGACUCCGCCUCCUGCCUCCGCCGCCUCCAGCUCCACUGAUGUAGGCAGUGUGUUCGACUCGCCACAGGGUCCCAGCAGCCCCUUCCACUCCACCUGCGACAGUAUCUUUGCUGUGGUCUCUCUGCCUCACGGACCACGGUCGUCUUCAGUCUCCUCCAUGGUGAGUUUCAGUCGGGGUUCAGAGGACGCUCCUGUUCCUCCUCCUGUUCCUCCUCGCAGACGACCAGAGUCGGCUCCUGCUGAGUCCUCCCCCUCCAAGAUGAUGUCGAAGUUGGACAGCCCCCCUGCUGUCCCCCCUCGUCAGCCUACCUGUAAGCUCUUCCCCCCUCGUUACUCUUCGUCGUUGUCAUCGUCGUCUCCCCCCGACAGCCCUCCCUUGCUGCCCCCCCGGGAGCCCCAGUUCUCCUCUGCACCUCCUCCCCCUCCUCAGGGUCGCCCCCGCUGUGACCUGCUGCCUCAGGCCUUCUUCCCCUCCACAACCUCCACCUCACCCUCCAUCACCUCCAUCUCCACCACCUCCUCGCCCCCCCUUCCUCCCCCCACUCCCAUGACCCCCAGCCCUUCCCCUGCCUCGAGGAAGAUGCCCCUCCCCUCCCCCCCCCUCCCUCUCCUCCCCCUCCCCCUGGAUGGCCCCCCUGUGCCCCCUCGACACGGUGUCCCCAAACUCCCCCCCAAGACCUACAAGAGGGAGUCUCUGAGCCACGCCCCCCUGCUGGACACCCCCCCUGCACUGUGAUUGGACAGCCUGUACUUCCUGAAGGGGGCGGAGCAGCUGGUUCAACAGCCUGUUAAGAAGGGGAGCUAACACUACAGCUGAUUGGAUCAGAAGAGACGAUGGAUUUAAAAAAAAAAAACAUCCGAUUGACCAAUCAGGACGCUCUGAUCCGAUCUAGACUGACAAAAUAAAAUACAGAUCAUGUGCCCUUAUUCUGAAAAACUGACUGUGGCCUCCAGCAGAACGUCGGAGAACGUUUAGAGAAAAUUCGUCUUUCUGUGGUCAGAUUUUCAUUUGUGUUUCUCGUCUGUGAGCCGAGUCCUGAUGAGUCCUCAUCGGAUCUCCUCAUGUUGAACAGAGACUUGUGGAUAAUGUAUUACUCCAUGGACUGAGGUGGAAGUGUUGAUGUGUCUGGAGCCUUCAGGUACUGGACCAGAACCACGGAGGUACUGUAAUGGUUCUGUGGACCUGUUUGUCUCUGAUUGUUGAUAAUGUAACAAACGUGAUGAUUGGUUCUUUAAAACAAGGGAAUAAACGUGUUUCUACCACUGAGCUGGACGGACGACACAACACACA